AGUUCAUUUGUUACUUAUGAAGGUUAUCCCGUAGGUUAUGUUACUCCAUCUUUUCCAUCUCUCUAUUGGCCUAUCAAUAACAAGAAAUAUACAGUAUCCUAUUUAUAUUACACAGAAGAUAUAUGGAAAUUUACCCUAUAUUGGACAUUGAUAUUUUUUGCCGGAUUUUAUUUGGCAGCAGGCAUAAUUGCAGUUAUAUCUCACAGAAGAUCAUUUUGGGUUGGAUUAGUGUGGGUUAUUAUAUAUUUAUUGGUUGGUGGUUGUCAAGCUUUAAUUUCGGGUACAUGUAUUGGACUAUUAACCGCUGCUAUAUAUAGAGCAGGCUUGUUCUCGAUGUCCACUUGGAUACCAUUGAGUUUGGCUGUGGUACAAAUUUUAUUCAAUGCACUAACUAGUUAUAGAAUCUAUGGAGUAAUUAUAUAG